CAAAGCCCAUUGGGCCACCCCUUUGUUGGCUCUUCUCUUCUUCACUUCUGCUUCAAAAUGAACUAAAACCCCUUCCAUUACAGUACUUCGAUUCACCAUGAACAUGAAGGGCAUGAAAUAAAGCACUCCAUCUGGUUCCUGUAGCUCCAACAAGCAAAACUACUGAUGGGUUUGCCAAGAUUUACCCGUCCCAAAGGAGGGGUGUCCGCAUGUAGUCCAAAUCUUUUCGUAGCCAAUUGUGGACCUGCAGUUGGGCUAUCUUUUGAUGUCAUUUCUUCUGUGUUCAACGAAUUUGGUGAGGUGAAAGGGGUUUAUCCGGCUGAUGAAACUGGCACCCGAGUUAUUGUUUGUUUUGAUUGCCAAAGCUCUGCAGAAUCUGCCAUGGAAGCAUUACAUGGACGCCCAUGUCCUCUUCUUGGUGGCCGUUGUUUACACAUUCGAUAUUCCGUUCAAUCUACUGACACUGUUCGAGCCAGGGACUUGGUUGAUGUAUCUUUGACAGAUUCUGAGCUGAAAGUUCCUGGUGUUUAUUUGCUGCACGACUUUGUUACAGUUAGAGAAGAAGAGGAGUUGCUUGCGGCAGUUGAUAGUAGGCCUUGGCAUAAUCUUGCCAAGCGGAGAGUUCAGCAUUAUGGAUACGAGUUUUGUUAUGCGACAAGAAAUGUCAACUUCAACAAGUGCUUGGGUGAACUUCCUUCAUUUGUGUCUCCCAUUGUAGAAAGAGUUUCAUUAUUUCAGACGCUAGGCUGUGCCGAAGAUAUGAGUCUGGAUCAACUCACAGUUAAUGAAUAUCCUAUUGGUGUGGGAUUGUCUCCACAUGUAGAUACACAUUCAGCCUUUGAUGGACUUAUUUUCAGCCUUUCACUGGCAGGGCCUUGCAUCAUGGAAUUCAGGAAGUAUGCCACAGAUGAUUCACUCUCUAAUUUCACCUCAGAUUGUGAUGAUGAGGGCCCAGAUUCCAGUGGUGGCUCAAAUUUUGUAAGAAGAGCUAUAUAUCUUCCCCCUCGAUCUAUGUUAUUGUUAUCUGGGGAAGCUCGAUAUGCAUGGCACCAUUAUAUUCCUCAUCAUAAGGUUGACAAAAUACAGGACAAGGUUGUGAGAAGGGGUACAAGGAGAGUGUCAUUCACAUUGCGUAAAGUUAGGAAGGGACCUUGUGAAUGUGAAUAUCCUGAGUACUGUGAUUCCCAAAAAUAGGUCAUUUUCAGGACUGGACGAAUUCUAAAGACCUGGGUAGAAUGCGACAGAAGUACUGGUUGCGUUAACGAACAGGAAUGAUAAGUUCUAAUUCCCCGUUGGAAGCACAAACUGUGUACUAUUUUCUUGUCGUCCAGAUUGAAGAAAAAAUGGAGAAUGGAGCUUCUUGAUACUGUGAUUAUAGUUCAUGCAACGAAAUUUUCUAUAUACUGUUCUGUUCCAGUAAAUUUUGGAUUCUUGAUGUUUUCCGAGCAAUGAACUAAAUCCUUGACCUUAGCCCAGUUGAAAUAAUUUUCCGAGCGAUGAACUAAUUCUUGACCUCUCCCACUUGACAAUGAAUUCCAGGCCUCCGAAUCCUGAUGUGUGUGUUUCUCUUUCUCUUUAUGGCUGCGAAUAUAAUUUUGGAAAUUUAUUUAGCACCCAACAACAGUCAAAUGAAGGGUAAAAAUGUUAGGCAGAUAUACAAAAUUAUGUAAAUUGCCCAUCUUUACUUCCAUUUAUCCAUCAAAUUUCCAAAAUUUAUCAUUGGUG